GGGCGUCCUCUACUUCGCGAGCUCCUGCAAUCACUACUGAGGCGACGAUCCGGACGACAGGGGAGGACAUUCCAGCGCCAAGUAAUUAAGCAAGUGACCAUCCGACAGGGAACGACCUGGCGUUGGGAUAAUACUUUGACCAGGCGAAGACCCCAAAGGCUAUAAUGACCCCGGAGGAAACGUGUUCCAGUGAUGAAAGCCCGGGUAAAAGGAUGUGUCUCAGCCUCAUUUAUAAUUUUACUCGAGACAAUCGAUUAAAGUGUAGUCAAUCACUAAAUUUGAUUUGACAUUGACAUUUGACCAAGAUUAAACGUGGAUUACACGAAGGAUUUUAUUAUAAUAUUGAGUUUUAUUUUCCUAACAUUUAACUUUUCCACUUAGAAAGUUAGAAAUAUCAAAGAAAAUAUUGCAAAAUUCGACAACCUUGAUACGUUGUUCGAUAACCUUGUUACCAUGGCUUGUAAUUCCUGUUCAAAAUCAUUUUCAUUUCUGCGGCAAGAAAAAGGAUGUCCGGGUUGUGGAUUCAGCUAUUGCUCAAAAUGUUUAAAUCACAAAGUGUUUUUGCAAAAACUUAAUUCUGAAGCAAAGGUUUGUGCUAAAUGUAAAAACACAGCUAACACAAAUGAAUCAAGAAAAGUUGAACCACCUGAUGCAUACUAUAAAAGAAUUGGUUCUACAAUCGAUACUACAAAAAGAAAAGAUACCAAUGAAAAUGCAACAGAUGAAGAAAUAUAUGACAAAUUAAUGAAAUUGAAAGAAAAUAAACAGGAAAAUACGCAAAAAUUAAAUAAUGACGAUAUAAUAAACCGCUUAAAAAAACUUAAGGGGGACAUUCCUUCAACAUCUACUGCUGAAUUGGAAGCAAGAUUAGCCAAUAUAAAAGGAGUCCCUGUUAGUGCAGUUCAGACUAAGCUAGUAUUACCCAGUCCAGAUUUAAGAACAGAACAAGAACAAGCAAAUGACCUUUUAAAGCAGUAUAUGGCACAGACUAAUAUUGAUGCUAAAUAUAAAGAUGAAUUUGAUGAACUUGUGAGUGAUAUCGAAAUUAGAUUACAAAAACUUAAGGGGUCUUCCACAUUUGAGCCAGCAGGGACAACAAGUUCUAUGAACAAUGAAAAAGUGGAAGACGAAGAUGAAAUUAUUAAAAAAAUUAUUGAAAAGGCAAAGGUUGAGAAUAAGUUAGAAGAAAAUGAAAUUUGUGAUUCAGUUGUCGAAGAGCUACCUUUUUGUGAAAUAUGCAAUGAGGAUGCAAAGAUGCGCUGUCUCGGCUGCAAAUAUCUUUUCUGCAAACAAUGUUUCCUCGAGCACAAAGAUGAUGAUGAUGGGUGUAAUAAAUAUGAACCAUAUAUUGCACGAAAAACUUCCUAAAGUUUUGCUUUGUGAAUGUAUAUUCAAAACAAAAUGCAUAUUAAUAUAAUAAUUUGAUAAAAUUAA